GGUUAACAAAAUGGCCGAAGAUGAAGAGCACACGGAAAUUCCCAUUCAAAUUUCCAGUUUAUGAUUAAACUGAGAAAAAAAAUGACACAGUCAGACUUCUAUCCAGUAAUAUUUGAUAUAGUAAAUAGCUACGCCCGUCAUAAAGUCCUGCAGCGUCGCUUUUCCGCUAUUCUCCAAAAUGGUUACAGAGGGGAAGCCAAUUGUCCCUCGCAGUGUGCAGGAUUGAUAAUCAAGUUUCUUGGAGAGGACAUAGCGGAUGGGAAUCGUAAAAUCAAGGCAGCUUUCAGUACUGCAGCAGCAGACCGCAUUAUUAUGGAACACACUCAAUUAUUUUCUGAUGCGGCCUACCAAAAUAAUUUUCGUAUCUCCCUUGAAAGCUUACCUUCGGUGGUCAAGGAAAUGGGUUACUUGAUCUUCAAAGAAAAACAGCAUUUAGGUACUGUGGCAGCAUUCCUUGGUUUUGGAGCUUCGCUAGCUGCUUACUGUGAGUCAAAGGAGCAUUUAGGUGUUGCAGCAAUGGAGACUGUUGUGGAAUCGAUAACACACUAUUAUUGCCGCCAUAUUGAAUCAUGGUUGAGAGCCAACGGCGGGGUGGACAUGCUUCAGUCAGCCAGAAUGGAGAGCCAAGACCACUUUGCUCAAUCUAGAAAGAGAAAGGUAAACUUUUCAUACUCAUUGAAGCUUAUGGCAGAGCAAAGUUAUCAGGCUGAUAAUCCACAAUUUUACAUUGAGACUUGUCAACUUAUUCUACAACUCCAACAUCUGCUGAAAAUCGAUUCAUCUGAAACUUGGUUUGAUUAUGGUAUGUUUCUCUUUGGAAAAGAGAAUUUUCUUGAAGCUAAGAAUGCCCUGGAAAAUGCCAUCAAAGGAUUUGAUACACAUGGACUCUCCACCCAUUCGUCUUUCCUAGGACAGUGUCAUUUUCAAGUUGGUGUCAUUGAUAGUCACCUUGGACACUUCUCAGAAGCUGUGAAGUGUUUCCAGAAAGCAUGUAAAUUUAAGAUUAUGGAUGGAAACACAAAGAUGUCAUCUGCCAUUUGCCAUCAUUGGCAAGGUUAUGUGUACAGAAGAAUGGAAGACUUCAACAAAGCACUUGAGGCUCAAAAGAGAGCUUUAAAGGAGAUGGAACAAAAUACAACAAACGAUUCUUCAAGGAGGUUCCUUGGUGAUGUGUACUUAGAACUAGGCUGCAUUCAUCAUGAAUUUGGAAAUAUUGAAAAUGCUGCCAGCUUUCUGGAGAAGUGUCUGUCCAUACAUGAGGAACAAGUGGGUUAUUUUAAACCCAAACUUCAGUUGUACAUUCAUCUGGCUCAGGUUCUGCAUGAAAAAAGUAUUAAAUGCUCUGAAUCAAUAGAUGAAUGGACACAACGAACUCUCUCUUUGCUUGAGAAAGCUGUAACAUUGUGUCUGGAAAAUUCUCACAAUGGACACUUUCAUGACAAGUUUCCAGUGGUUAUGUUUGCGCACACAGACCGUAUUGAAAAGCUGGAAGAUAUUCUUCCCUUGGCACUUAAACUUUGUUCAUCUCUUUCUUCUGUCUUUGGUGAAGAGAAUGAAACAGCUAAAAAGAGAUUAAAGAAGAUACAGAAAGAUUUUGAGUACUUGCUGAGCACUCUUGUAAAAGCAGCACACCAAGACCAGCAUCCUAACUCACUUGAUGAUGGAUCAAAUAGAGGUGAGGAAUGUGACCAGCAUCAACCAAAUGAACGGCGCAGAGAAGCGGAGAAAGUGGUUCCUCUAGAGAUCCAAGCGCGUGGACGUCUUGCUUUGCAAGCCUACAACAAGGCCCUUAUCGAAGGGAAUACCUGCGUGAGAAGAGUGCCGAUCAUGUUGAUUGGUCAGGAUCAUUCAGGAAAGACCAGCUUGAAAAAUUCACUGACGGGGAAACGUUUUAAUCGGCGGAUGGAUAGCACGGUGGGAAUUGAUGUCGAUUCAUCGUAUUUCAAAGUGACAACUGAACUUUGGAAAACUGGAGUGAAGAGUGAAGUAACCGAUUCUGCCGCAGCACUGUCUUGUGAACACCAUGCCGGACGCCUUGCUGUAGAGAUGUUGCGACAAGACAACAGUGUCCCUAUGGAAAAUUUUAAAGAGUCUGCUGAGUCAAGAAAUGCUCCUUUGGUGGACACUCAUGAAACAAACGAAGAUCCCGCCUCAGUACCUUCACAUGUUCCAGUUGCUGAUACGCAAAGUCUUGUUGAGCUUUCUAGCGUCGUGACAAAUCCAGGCAGUGACGAGAUGUCGAAAGAUGUAGAUCCUGCUCAAACACCCAGCGGUGAAGAAAGCAGUAACAAAAAUAGCACGAACGCAUCUGUUUGGGUUGAACCAAACCUAGUACAAAGACAAAAAAGGGACUUAGUUCCUCUCGUCGAACCCCUUAAACCAGAGGAAAUAGUGGCGUUAAUCGAAAGGUUACUAAAAGAUGUUAAGUAUGAAGAGGACGAGGAGGAAAUAUAUUCGGUGUUAUGGGAUUUUGGAGGACAGUCAGUCUAUUAUGCAACGCACCCAAUCUUCCUCACUGCCAGAGCGAUGUAUCUUCUAGUUUAUGACCUCAGCCGUGAUCCACACCAAGUAGCCAAACCAGUUGUGAGGCAAGGAACGUUCAGGAAAUUCGAAGACAGCUUUGGAGCAAAAACCAAUUUGGAUUAUUUAGAUUUUUGGAUGGCUUCCGUGGCGUCUUUUGGCGGCACAACUGAGAGUUGUGAAGUCAUCUCUCAUUGUGAGGUAUUGCCAGAGAAACUGCCCCCUGUGUUCUUGGUGUGCACCCAUGCUGACCAGCCCCACGGUGGCAGAAUUCCUAGCGCAUUAGCCCAAGAGAUUUUUAGUUCUUUACAGGCUAAGCCAUAUAGAACCCACCUCUUUGAUGGCGUGUUUGCUGUGGAUAACACUAAAUCAGGUCUUGAAAUUGAGUGCCCAGAGGUCACACGUUUGAGAAAGGAAGUACUUGCUGUUGCUAAGAAACUACCACAAGUGAAAGAAGCCAUUCCAAUCAAGUGGUUGAACUUUGAAAGGGCGUUGAAAGUCGCCAGGGAACAAGGUCAGAAGUGGAUCACACUGGAAGGGGCAAGGCAAAUCGCUACUCACGUAUGCAAAGUUGUCGAUAAUAAACAGUUCCAGGCAUUAUUGAACUUUUUCCACGACCAGAGGAUUUUGAUCCACUUUGAUGACACACCAGAGUUGAAUAAAAUGGUGAUUUUGGAUCCCCAGUGGUUAACUGAUGUGUUUAAGAAGGUCAUAACCAUUAGGCCUUAUAGCAAUCAGGAGGAGGAAUUCAAGGAGCUAUGGUUUCAACUCGAGGCAACAGGAAUCCUGGAAGAAAAACUUUUGAAACAUCUCUGGGAUCCUCUGUUUGAUAACAAAGAAACAGUUGAGAGCCUUGUUGCUCUGAUGGAGAAAUUCAGUUUGCUUUGUCCGUGGCUAUCAUCAAGUACUUCCCCUGGGAAACACUACCUAGUUCCAUCCAUGCUAAUGUCCCAUCCACCAGAAGACAUCAUCAAGCUCGUCGCUUCUGCGCAAAUUCCUUCACUCUUUAUUAAAUUUGAAUCUGGUCAAGUCCCACCAGGGUUGUUCCCUCGUUUAGUGUUGCAGUUCUUUCAAUGGGGAAAAGAUGGCUUAUGGAGUCCAGUUAAUCCACAGUUGUACCAAAAUUUUGCCAGAUUCUACAAAGCUGGAGAGGAAGACUGCUCUGUAAUCCUACGUUGUCACUCUUCUUCUGUCGAGAUCGUUUUUCACAGAGCGAAAGCAAAUUUUGGGUUGACAGACAGUUUGCAGUCAAUAAUGAACUUGUCUACUGACUUGGGGCAUGACAGGUAUGAUGUGGUUUGCGCUCUUAAUAUGCAUAGACAGGUGGUGUUCAUUCUCGAAUCAAUGCGCAAGGAGUUCUGUUGGUUGACGAAUAUGAAGUAUGAUUCAUGUGUUAUGUGCUCAGUAUGUUGUCGAGGAGGCACAACUAACUUCUGCCGUAUUCACCGUGUCCAAAGUUGCACUCAAGAGGAGUGUCUGCAUUUCUGGUCAGAAUCGCAGCUACUUAGUGAAAAGCAUAUCGUUGUUUGCACACGGUCUGCUGUUGCCCUGAAUAACAGAGUUCACGUCAACCAGUUAGCACCAUGGUUUGCAUACGUAGAUGAACAGGUUGUGACUGAUGAACGUGACAGUGCACACGUGGAUGUAAGUGGCGAGAAAUUCGUGGCGCUUCCUGGAAAGGUUGUGGAAUCACUUUUGUCACGAUCAUGUGACCCUAAGGAGAUUAUAAGGCAAUUAAAUGAGGAACUGCAGCUGAACCUUGAUUCUCUGAAACACCCGGAGCCUGAGACUAGAAGAAUGAUUCGAUGCCUGGCAAGGAAAGCUAAAAGUUCCAACAGGUUUGAUGUGGUGAGACAUUUGAGGAAAAUUACGCCAGCUGGUACUACUGGUCCUAUACUGUCUGAACAGCUUGAUGUGCGGAAUGUUCCAGUUACUCACAUGAGAAAUCUUACCAUAGACUUGAGUGGCAGUGAUGAGUGGAAGGUAGUCGCUGAGAAACUUGGGCUGACUCCCAGAGAGAUUCGUUUCCUUGACAACCGAACGCUUAACCCAUGUGAUGCUGCCCUGGGUUUUAUUGCUAACCAGCGACACAUAACUGUGGGUAGUCUCUACGACGUCUUGAUCGAGUGUGGGUUCCCUGUGAUUGCUGAUGACUUGUAAUGAGACAGACCCAAAAGAAACUUUCCAAUUGUGACUCUCUGUGAGACUGUACAUGUUACAUAUUACUACUAGUGACUGAAACAAAACGAUUUUUCCCUAGAGCGCUUAUAUCCCUCAGGUUCAAGGCGCUUUACAAAGAUAUGUUGACUGUUAUUUAAAAGAAAAAACUAGAAAUGAAAAAACGACAUGGUGUCCUACUCAAUCGCAAAUACUCACUCGUUUGCGAAGAAUCAGAAAACUGACUAGUUUUUACAUAUUUCUGCUCUAUGAGCGAACAUUUAGUUUUCAGAAUUUCUCUUCCUGGACACUCAACCCAAGUAGACAAGUAAUUCGGUUUCUUUUAAUGGAGCCCUUGUGACCUGACCAUUAUUCUCUGGUCUUAUCUUGGACUUAAAAUGUAGCAGAAAACCAAUCUUAAACUGUUUCACACUUUAAUAAAAACAACGUUUUUAUACUGGAUUCAUUAUAUAUUUGACGAUAGUACACUCCUACAACACGAAAACCGACUGGAUGGUCUAAGAGCACGAUGACAUAGUACAAAAGUACAAAUAGAACAUUACUACUCUGAAAAUGUUUACUAACGGCAAUCCGCUGGCAAUAAAUUCACAACAUGCUAUAAAUAAAAUUUGAGCA